ACAUGAAAAACUUUGAAAGGUAUUUUUUGAAUGUUUUUUAAAACAUACUGACCCUUAUAAAUCAUUUUCCCUUUCUUCCCGGUCCCCUCGACCUUCCAAAACAUUUUCCGGCGAUACGGCAACGACAAGUAUCAGUUCAAUCCAAUCCAGAGGUUGUAUCCCGAGUUCCUCAUCAUCAACGAACCAAGGUAAGCCAUCAACCUCCCCAAUUUUCCCUCAAUCGUCAUCGUGAUUUCGUAAUCCUUCACGUUGCCCUACCCUACUCACUUCUCAAAAUUGUUCGGGGAUGGAGGAGCAGUUUGUACUGAGAGUGCCUCCUUCUGUUGCCGAGCGUAUAGAUCGUCUUUUAAAUGAGACCGCUUCUUCCUCUCAUGACCAGUCACUUAAUUUGUCUUUCUCCGAGGAUGGGAGAAAUGGCACGUUUGUUAUAGGCGAUGAUCAAUUUCCUGCUUCCCUCUUGGAUCUUCCUAGUAUUCUAGAAUCAUACAAAACUUAUGAUGACAAUGUUCUGAUCAAAACAGCAGAUAUUGGACAAAUGAUUAUGAUCAGGGAAGAUGGUGAUCCUGCUCCAGAUGGCAUGGAGUAUCGCCAUGGUGUUACCCCUCCAAUGAGAGAUGCCAGAAGGCGAAGGUUUCGCAGGGAGCCUGAUUUAAAUCCUGAACUUGUUCAACGAGUUGAGAAAGAUCUGUUGAACAUCAUGAACGGUGGAACUGCUGAAAAUCUUGAUAUGGAUAUGACUGAGCAAGAUGAAGUUGGAGAAGGAAGUGCUCAUAACACUAUGAAGAAAGCAGUUGUAACACCUGCAACAAAACCUGAUGUUUCAGAAGCUGGAACAAAUGUUGGGGAGCAUGAGAGAAGUGAUUCUGAUGAGUCUGAUUAUUCAAUAUGAAAUAUAAUUUGAAUUCAACUCAAAAGGCUUGGAUUCUCAUUGUUAGAUGCCAAUUUGCAACUUGUUUUUUUCCCUAUGUUUUUGGCAUUCUUUGGUAGAUGAGAACUCUAUUUACCUAUAUCUUGAUUGACUAUUAAAGUAUUUGGUUAAUUGUUGA